GACCAAAUCUAUGAGAUGAAGCACUUGGAGCCGGAAGAUUCAGAGAAGCUAUUCUUCAGGAUAGUGUUUGAGUCCGACGAAUGUCCGGACAGACUGCAGGAAGUCUCCACAGCUAUAUUAAAAAAGUGCAAUGGUUUGCCUCUAGUCAUAGUAAGCAUAGGUCGUAUGCUUGCUCAGAGGGAAAACAAGAUACCCGCAGAUUGGCAAAAGGUAUGUCGUAGGCUGGGUCCUGAACUAGAGACAAACCCCACUUUAGAGGCAAUGGGCCGGAUACUUACCCUUAGCUACAAUGACCUGCCCUACAAUUUGAAAGCAUGCUUCUUGUACCUGUGUGCUUUCCCCGAGGAUUAUGAGAUCAAAAGAGGGCCUCUGAUUAGGCGCUGGGCAGCCGAAGGCUUCAUUGCUGCCAUGCGUGGGCUGAGUUUGGAAGAGAUUGGUCAGAAUUAUUUCGACGAGUUCAUCAGUAGAAGCCUGGUCACCCCUGGAGUGAUUUCAGACACCGGCAAGGUCAAGAGCUGCAAGAUUCAUGACAUAAUGAUGGAAGUUAUAACCUCCAAAUCAGUCCAAGAAAACUUCAUGUCGUUCCUAGGGAGUUCAGAAGACAACAUUACAGCUGGCCAUGACAAGAUCCGGCGGCUCUCCAUCCAUCCCGGUGGCACCAUGGAGAAUAAAGGCUUCACCAGUCAAUACUUGACCCAUACCCGUUCUUUGACAAUUAUUGGCAGCACUCAAAAACCAGCAGCCAUCACUUUUUCAGGCUUUACUCUUUUAAGGGUUCUAGACCUCGAAGGAUGUCUAUGGUUAAGCAAUCAAGAUUUGAAGGACAUUUGCAAACUGUCUUUGCUGAGCUACCUGAGUCUUAGAAGCACAUCCAUAUCCGAAGUUCCAAAUGCAGUAGGGAAACUGAAAGAAUUGGUGACAUUGGAUGUAAGGGGAACAUCUGUGGCUGAAUUUCCCAGAGGCAUCACUAAGCUCCAAAAUCUGAAGCACCUAAUGACAGGCAGUUAUCAGUACUAUACAAGGUCACGAAGUGUUAAGCAUCUGUUAACUGGAGUGAAGCUACCUCGCGGAUUACAGAAUAUGUGUGCCCUGCAGAGGAUUUCUACCAUAGAUAUCAACAAAAGCUUCCGUUCAAUGGAUGAGCUGGGGGACUUGUCUCAGUUAACCAGGCUUUACGUGGUCAGCCAUGAGGCAGUGGAGGAUACAAGCAGGUGGGAGACCUUCGUCAAGUCCUUGAAUAAGCUAAGCAGCUCCCUUCGAUACCUAUCGAUUCAGCGAUUAAAACUAGCAUGUCAGCCCACAAAUGAUUAUAUAUCCCCACCUCUCUUU